AUGGAGAAAGCAUAUGAUCAUGUCAAUUGGAGUUUCCUUCUUUACUUACUUGGAAGAUGUGGUUUUGGGGGGAAAUGGCAUAAAUGGGUAGAAUUUUGCAUCUCUUCAGCUCGUUUCUCUAUCUUGGUAAAUGGAUCACCAGUGGGUUUCUUCAACUCCUCUUGUGGCCUGAGACAGGGAGAUCCGCUUUCUCCUCUACUAUUCUUAUUUGUCAUGGAAGCUCUUAGCAAGAUGAUUCAGGGCCUGGUGGAUGGUGGGUUACUCCAUGGUUUUUCGGUGGGGAAUGACAAUCUCAACAUUUCUCACUUGUUGUUUGCUGAUGACACGCUUAUCUUUUGUGGUGCACACCUUGGACAAGUCCAAGCCUUGAGGGCGCUACUCCUUUGUGUUGCUGUUGUGUCAGGUUUUGAGCAUCAACCUUGCAAAGUCAGAAAUAGUGCCAGUGGGGCCUGUCCCGAUGUGGAGAUUUUAGCUACUACCUUGGGAUGCAAGAUAUCUUCGCUUCCUAUGAAGUAUCUUGGCUUACCGUUAGGUGCUUCAUUUAAAUCUGAAAGGAUUUGGAAUGAUGAAGUCGAAAGGGUGGAGUGCAGAUUGGUAGCUUGGAAGAGGCUUUACUUGUUGAAAGGCGGUGAUGGUUCGCGUGUCCCUUUUUGGGUUGAUAUAUGGUGUGGUAACUUUUGUCUACGAGAUACCUUUCCUAUCAUCUUUGCGCUUGCUAGAGUAAAGGAGGCAUCGAUUGUCGAACUUCUGGUCUUUUCAAAUGGCACCCCUCAAUGGAAUAUUGACUUCAUUACGGCAGCUCAUGAUUGGGAGUUAGAGUCUAUUACGGAGUUCUUUGCGACAUUAUAUUCCGCAAGUAUUCUAGGGGGCACUGGAGACAAGAUGCUUUGGAAUCAUUCUAAGAAAUGUAUUUUCUUUGUCAGUUCUUUUGAUCAAAUGCUCACAAACUCCGGAUUGUCUAUGUUCCUGUGGAAGAGCAUAUGGAAGACGAAAGCUCCUUCAAAAGCAACUUUCUUUGUCUGGACUACAUCUUUGGACAAGAUUCUCACUACAGAUAAUUUGAGGAAACGACGGGUUAUUGUCCUAGAUUGUUGUAUGUGUAAGAAGCAUGGGGAGUCAGUUGAUCGUUUGCUUUUACAUUGCGAGGUGGCCAAGGUUAUAUGGGAUGAUUUUUUCUCAAGAGUCGGAUUGUCUUGGGUUAUGCUUGUUGAUUGGUGGAUUUCCUUGCAAGCUGGAGAGGACUAUACGGCGAUUCUUAGGUAG